AGCUUGAGCGCCAGCCGCUGUCCCAGUUCUGCCAGCAAUCGAAUCUAAGUGUCUGGUUAUUACCGUACCGCAGUACGUGCCUGGGCCGCGGUACUACAGUGUCCGGUCGCUCGCUUGCCAGGCAGGAGUAGCUGCGCGCGCGAUCGGCAGCAGGGAAUGGAAGCGGAGAACGCAGGCAGCUGUCCCCUUCAGCACGCGCAAGCUUUUUAUACAUUUCCAUUCCAACAAAUGAUGGCUGAAGUUCCUAUGGCAGUUAUGAAUGAACAAGAAAUGCCGGAAGUUCCAGCCCCAGCUCCUGCUCAGGAAGCCACACAAGAGACUCCAAAAGGAAGGAAAAGAAAACCCAGAAAAACAGAACCAAAAACACCGGUGGAACCCAAAAAACCCGCUGAAGCCAAAAAAUCUGGCAAGUCCACAAAAUCAAAAGAAAAGCAAGAAAAAAUUACAGACACAUUUAAAGUGAAAAGAAAAGUAGACCGGUUCAAUGGUGUCUCAGAAGCUGAACUUUUGACGAAGACUCUACCGGACAUUUUGACCUUCAAUCUGGACAUUGUGAUUAUUGGCAUCAACCCAGGACUAAUGGCUGCUUACAAAGGGCAUCAUUACCCUGGACCUGGAAACCAUUUUUGGAAGUGUCUGUUCAUGUCAGGGCUGAGUGAGGUCCAACUGAAUCACAUGGAUGAUCACACUUUACCAGGAAAAUAUGGUAUUGGAUUUACCAACAUGGUGGAAAGGACAACACCAGGCAGCAAGGAUCUUUCCAGUAAAGAAGUUCGUGAAGGAGGACGUAUUCUAGUGCAGAAAUUACAGAAAUAUCAGCCACGAAUAGCAGUGUUUAAUGGAAAAUGUAUUUAUGAAAUUUUUAGUAAGGAAGUUUUUGGAGUAAAAGUUAAGAACUUAGAAUUUGGACUUCAACCGCAUAAGAUACCAGACACAGAAACGCUCUGCUAUGUUAUGCCAUCAUCCAGUGCAAGAUGUGCUCAGUUUCCUCGAGCCCAGGACAAAGUUCAUUACUACAUUAAGCUGAAAGACUUAAGAGAUCAGUUGAAAGGCAUUGAGCGAAACACAGACGUCCAAGAGGUGCAAUAUACAUUUGACCUGCAGCUAGCCCAAGAGGAUGCAAAGAAGAUGGCUGUGAAGGAAGAAAAGUAUGAUCCGGGUUAUGAAGCAGCGUACGGUGGUGCUUAUAGUGAAAAUCCGUGCGGUAGUGAACCUUGCAGCUUCUCUUCAGAUGGGCUGACAGCUGACAGUGGAGGAUCAACUUUCAGUGACAUUCCAAAUGGGCAGUGGAUGACCCAGUCAUUUACAGACCAGAUUCCUUCCUUUAAUAAUCACUGUGGGAUGCAAGAACAGGAAGAAGGAAACCAUGCUUAAGAAUGGUGUUUCUCUGCCCUGCUUAAAUGCUGCAGUUUUAAUGCAGUUGUCAAGAAGUGGCCCUCUUGACACCACCUCAAAGUGGUUUGUUAACUGAAGUAUUUUAUUCAUAUUUUACUCUGGUGAUGUAAUCAUGGUACAGUAGAACUACUUACGGACCUAAGUACUUUGGAAGGAGAAAGUAGAGUUUUUUUGUGUAUGAGUUUUUGUAUUGGAAUUAAUCAUCAUUCCAGCUUUUUAUAAACUAUCUUUCAUUUAUGAAGAAAUUGAUUUCCUUUUGGGAGUCAUUUUUAACCUGUAAUUUAAAAAUGAGUCUGCAUAUUUACACUUGAUUAUUAACUGUGCAUAAACUUAGACGCACCGUUAUCCCUUUCAUGCGUAAGAAGGGCGUGCUGAUAAGAUUCCCACUGGUAAAGAGGCAAAUGUGCUGAUUUUCAUCUGUGAGGUUAACCCUCAGUGGAGUCUCAUUUGGUAGUUUUUAGUGGUGUUUGAUGGGCUUCCUGAGUUGUAUUCGCACUCAGACCUCCUUGCUUUACCAGGGGUGAGCAUUUCUGAGAGUUGCUUGGUAGUAGAAAUGGGGAGUAUGGCCUUGCAGCAGCAAGGCUAACCCGGCCUUACAUGUCAGGGCCAUGAGCCCUGGCUUUGGCCCUCUCACCCCCAUGUGUUGGUCCUCUAGUAGGCAGACACUAUUCUGCUGGGAUGGUUAAGUUCCAGAGAGUGCAGAAGACCUUUUAAAUUUGCUACUUCAUCUGUGUUUUACUUGAGAGACAUACAUUUGAUAGGGAAGGAACUGAAUUUCUCUCUCAGUAUCUAUCACCAUUCAAAUUUUAUCCUCCUUGGCUUUAAGCAUGUAACAUGGAAAUGAUGAGAAAUGAACUUUCAGACUGAGUAACAAGAUGCUGGAGGUGUUUGAUAAUCUUAUUUAAACUGGUGCUUUAUGUACAUGAGAUGUACUAAAAUAAUACAGGAUUUUUCUUGCUAGGUAAAUUGAAUAAGCCAGUAAUUUUAAAAAAUUCUUUCUCUUCAUCAUUGCUCUUUGUUACUGUGGACUAAGUGAACCUCAUGGCCAGGUUACUUUGAAGUAAUGUACCUUUGUGAUUUUCUAAUGCAUUUUCCAUGGUGCUACAAAUAGUCCAGACUACUGGGCCUGGUGGAUAUCAAAGCUGGGUAUUCAGAAAUGCCAGUUGCAUUUACUCCUGAUCACUUCUGAAUAUUCUGAUUUUAUACCUACCCAGGGAGCAUGCUGUUUCUUGAUAUGAAAAUAUUUAUGAGGUUUUGUUUUUUUUUCUAAAAGGUUAUAUGGCCUGGUUUUUUUUGUAAUAAGAGAUACAAAUUAUUGUUGUGAAUCUUACCAUGACUUUGUAGCUAUAGCUCUGAUGGAUUUUAUUUUUCCUUUAGUCUAGGUAAAGCUGUGUAAAAGUCAUUCGUGUUAUUUAAAUCACGUACUGUACUGCUGUUUACAUGGAUGUUUUGUGCAGGUGCUUUGAAGUGCCUUGCAUCAGGGAUAGGAACAAUUUAAUUAUUUUUUUCCUGGGACUCUGUAAAGCAUGUAACUAGGUAUUGCUUUGGUUUUUAACAAUUAGAGCCUUACAUAGAUUUUUUUUUUUAGUGGAGAAAAUACCUUUUAAAUUAUGAUGGACACGCACUAGAGAAUGGGUUUGAAGAUUUUUUUCAAGCAUACAAUAAUGGUGUUUUUCAUUAAAUAUGACAGAUGAACAGUAAAUGUUGAUAUACCCUAUAUACAACAAUAUGAGACUUUUUCAUUAAAUAAUAUUUAAAAAGUUUUUAAAUUCAUUUGAAAAUCUGAUGGUUUUUACAAUAAAAAAUAUUGAAUAUGA